AUGGACGUGAAUAUGGGCUGCUGGUCAGGCUCACGGCUACCUCCGUCAUGCCUUGCCCUUCUGAUUGUCAAGUUCCUGGCCUUGGUUUGCCAGGUGGCUCACGGGACUGCCCCACUUGGCUUUCACUUCACACAUUCCACUUACAAUGCCACGGUGUACGAGAAUUCUGCAGCCAGGACCUAUGUCAACAGUCAGACGAGGAUGGGCAUUACCAUGGCUGACCUUUCCUGGGAUAUCAAGUACAAAAUAGUGUCUGGUGAUGAUGAGGGCUUUUUUAAAGCAGAGGAAGUCAUCAUUGCUGACUUCUGCUUCCUCAGAAUAAGGACUAAAGGUGGGAAUUCUGCGAUAUUGAACAGAGAAAUCCAGGACAACUAUUUAUUGAUGGUGAAAGGGUCUGUCAGAGGAGAGGACUUGGAAACAUGGACAAAAGUGAACAUCCAGGUUUUGGAUAUGAAUGACCUAAGACCUUUGUUUUCACCAACCACGUACUCUGUCACAAUAGCAGAAAGCACUCCCUUAAGGACUAGCAUUGCACAGGUGACCGCAACGGAUGCGGAUAUUGGGUCCAAUGGUGAAUUUUAUUAUUACUUUAAAGGUAAAGUUGAUCUCUUCUCAGUUCAUCCCACGAGUGGUGUUAUCUCCUUAAGUGGCCGGUUAAAUUAUGAUGAGAAAAACAGAUACGACCUUGAGAUUCUGGCAGUGGACCGUGGGAUGAAGCUGUAUGGAAACAAUGGGGUAAGCAGCACUGCCAAGCUUUAUGUUCACAUUGAACGUAUAAAUGAACAUGCCCCAACAAUAAGUGUAGUAACCCACAUUCCCUUCCCAUCAGACAAGGAACCUAUCUAUGCAGUUGUUAAUGUUGAUGACCUAGAUGAAGGGGCCAAUGGAGAAAUAGAAUCUGUUUCUAUUGUUGCUGGAGAUCCUCUAGAACAAUUCUUUCUGACUAAAGAAGGGAAGUGGAUGAACGAGUACAAAAUCAAGGAAAGAAAGCCUAUCGACUGGGACAGCUUCCCUUAUGGUUACAACCUCACUCUCCAAGCUAAGGACAAAGGAUCUCCUCAGAAAUUUUCUGCGGUCAAACUAGUCCACAUUGCUAGUCCCAGGAGAGAAAGUAUCCCCCUGAAGUUUGAAAAGGAAGUGUAUGAUAUUUACAUCAGUGAAUUUUCACCUCCUGGAGUGGUAGUUGCAGUAGUUAAGCUGAUGCCUGAGCCGCCGGGUGUGGAAUACAGAUUAUCUCCAAGUGAGGAUGCUGAGUAUUUUAAGAUCAAUCCCAACACAGGCCUUAUUACUACUGCUCGUCCUUUGAAAAUCAUUGAGAAGGACCUCUAUGAAUUAGAAGUAUCUGCAAACAAAGGUGGUGAUUUAAAAGCACAGGUUACGGUCAGGUUAGAGGAUGCCAAUGAUCACACUCCGGAGUUCCAGCAGCUCUCCUACAGCUCAUUUGUCAAUGAAAGUGUCCCAGUGGGCUCCAGCGUUUUGGCAGUGUCAGCAGUUGAUGAAGACAGGGGAGAGAACGGAUACAUCACCUACAGUAUUGCCAGUCUGAACUCACUGCCAUUUACAAUAAACCAGUUUACAGGUGUCAUCAGCACCUCUGAAGAACUGGAUUUUGAGUCCUCACCAGAAAGUUACAGGUUCAUUGUGAGAGCAUCCGACUGGGGUUCUCCCUACCGCCACGAAAGUGAGGUGAAUGUCACCAUAUACAUUGGCAAUGUCAACGACAACAAACCUCUCUUUGAAAAAGUGGCCUGUCAGGGAGUGAUUUCGUCUGAUUUUCCUGUUGGUGGUCACAUCACUGCUGUUUCUGCAAUAGACAUAGAUGAGUUAGAGCUUGUGAAGUACAAAAUAAUCUCUGGAAACGAGCUUGGCCUUUUUUAUUUAAGUCCAGACUCUGGUGUCCUGCAACUUAAAAAAUCUCUUGUUAAUUCUGGCAUAAAGAAUAGCAAUUUUGGCCUUAAGAUAACAGCAACUGAUGGAGAGAACUUUGCUGAUGCUAUGUUUGUUAAUAUUUCAGUAGUUCAUGGGAAAGUGUCUUCAAAGACCUUUAGCUGUAGAGAAACUAGAGUUGCUCAGAAGCUAGCAGAAAAAUUGCUCAAAAAGGCAAAAGCAAAUGUGAAGCUAAACUUGGAGGAUGGUUUUCUUGAUUUUUAUUCGGUCAACAGGCAGGCACCUCAUUUUGACAAAUCCUUUCCUACUGAUGUGAAGGUUUCAGAAGAUCUGCCAGUUGGUGCCACCAUCCUGAGGAUAAAAGCCUAUGAUGCUGACUCAGGCUUUAAUGGAAGAGUACUUUAUACAAUUUCUGAUGGUAAUGUAGAUAGUUGUUUCAACAUUGACAUGGAGAUGGGGAUACUUAGUGUUCUCAUGCCCUUGGACCGUGAAAAAACAGAGCUCUAUCUCCUUAAUAUUACAAUUUAUGAUUUAGGUAAUCCACAGAAAUCUGCAUGGAGACUGCUGACUGUCACUGUGGAGGAUGCAAAUGAUAACAAGCCUGUUUUUCUACAGGACAGUUACUCGGUUAAUAUUUUAGAAAGUACAAGUCUUGGUACAGAGAUUAUCCAGGUAGAAGCCAGAGAUAAAGACCUAGGAUCUAACGGUGAAGUGACUUACUCAGUACUGACAGACACCCACCAAUUUGCUAUUAACAGUUCCACGGGAGUGGUGUAUGUUGCAGAUCAGCUGGACCGAGAAGCAAAAGCAAACUACACACUGAAGAUUGAGGCUCGGGACAGAGCCGAGAGUGGCCAUCAGCAGUUUUCCGUUGUGCCUCUGAAGGUUUUUUUGGAUGACGUUAACGACUGCUCUCCGGCCUUUAUCCCAUCCAGCUACAACGUGAAGGUCCUUGAGGACCUGCCAGUUGGCACUGUCAUAGCUUGGUUGGAAACUCACGAUCCAGACCUGGGCUUGGGAGGCCAAGUGCGCUACUCGCUGGUGAACGAUUACAACGGGCGGUUUGAGAUCGACAAAGCCAGUGGCGCCAUCCGCCUCAACAAGGAGCUCGACUACGAGAAGCAGCAGUUCUACAACCUGACCGUGCGUGCCAAGGACAAGGGGCGCCCAGUUUCUCUCUCUUCUCUUUCUUUUGUGGAAGUUGAAGUGGUGGAUGUUAAUGAAAAUCUUUAUACCCCUUAUUUUCCUGACUUUGCUGUCAUUGGAUCUGUAAAGGAAAACUCCCGCAUUGGUACAAGUGUUUUGCAAGUUGUUGCUCGAGAUGAGGACUCUGGAAGAGAUGGGGAGAUCCAGUAUUCCAUUAGGGAUGGCAGUGGACUGGGGCGAUUCAGCAUUGAUGAAGAAACUGGAGUUAUCUACACUGCAGAUGUUCUUGACCGGGAGACGACCACAUCCUACUGGUUGACGGUGUAUGCGACUGAUCACGGUGUUGUCCCACUCUACACUACCAUCGAAGUCUACAUUGAAGUGGAGGACGUGAAUGACAAUGCCCCUCUCACCUCUGAGCCUAUCUAUUACCCAGUCAUCAUGGAAAACUCCCCAAAGGAUGUAUCUGUCAUUCAGAUCCAAGCCCAGGACCCUGACUCCAGCACUAAUGAAAAACUGACUUACCGGAUUACAAGUGGAAAUCCCCAGAACUUCUUUGUAAUCAAUCCCAAAACAGGUAACAAAACCCUGUUGCCUCAGGGCAGCGGGAGAAUGCAAUUUACAUAUUUAUUGGCUUUCACCCCUUCAGGUCUGAUUACCACAACAUCAAGAAAAUUGGAUCGGGAACAGCAAGCAGAACAUUUUUUAGAGGUAACCGUCUCAGAUGGGGGCACGUCCCCCAAGCAAUCCUCGGUUUGGGUGGUGGUGCAGGUCCUGGAUGAGAAUGACAACAAGCCACAGUUUCCAGAGAAAGUCUAUCAGAUCAAGCUGCCGGAGAGGGACCGUAAGAAAAGAGGGGAGCCCAUCUACAGAGCUUUUGCUUUUGACAAAGACGAGGGCCCUAAUGCAGAAAUCUCGUACAGCAUUGUGGAUGGGAACGAUGAUGGGAAGUUUUUCAUUGAUCCCAAAACAGGGAUGGUUUCUUCCAGGAAGCAGUUCACAGCGGGGAGUUAUGACAUCCUAACAAUAAAAGCAGUGGACAACGGCCGGCCCCAGAAAUCUUCCACUGCCCGUCUCCACAUUGAGUGGAUAAAAAAGCCGGCGCCCUCGCCCGUGCCCCUGACUUUCGACGAACCCUUUUACAACUUCACCGUCAUGGAGAGCGAUAAAGUGACCGAGAUUGUCGGGGUGGUCUCUGUGCAGCCCUCCAACAUCCCCCUCUGGUUUGACAUCGUCGGUAAGUCGGGAGCCAGCAGUGCCAGGAGGAUGCCCCAGAGGCAAAGCGUACGGCUGUGCGGUUUUGAGAGCAAGAAAACUAACUGUGAACUGUCUCCCCGCCUCCCCCCCUCCACCCCCAGUUAA